CUGGACCCAUUUCACCCAUCACUGUUUCGUGUCUCUGAAAGGUCCAGCAAUGCCAACAACUCCAAUUGGGGGACAGAGAAAGCUCGUUUUUUAGCUGCAAAGCAUCACAUAAUUGAUGUGCUCUAUCUGAAGGAGUUUGCUUUGAGUUUGAGCUUCCACAAUGGCGUUGUCAAAGCCAUGGAUAAACACCCACUGUCUUCAGUUAUGAUAAGCUCUGGUAAUCGUGUUUGUUAUUCCAAACUCACUUGCGAUUUCCUUGGAAUUUCCAGUGAGCUUCCAUCACUGGAGCUUCCUCGGAAUCCUAAAUCUGGUUUUACGAGAAAACAGGAGCUUCUGGUUGUGGUUAAUGGGAUUUUAGCUAUUGCACAAGUUGAUAAUAAUUUCAUCUGUGCCACUAUUGAUUGGUGGAAUCAUGAAAAGUGCGACUACAACCAGUGUCCAUGGGGAUCUGCAUCUGCGUUAAAUUUGAACUUGUCUCAUCCUUUGCUUGCCAAGUCAAUCCAAGCUUUCAAUCAGUUAAGGAUCAGAAUUGGAGGUUCCUUGGAAGACCAACUCUUGUACGAUGUAGGAAAUUUGAAAUAUCCUUGCCAUCCUUUCAGAAAGCAGAGUCAUGGCUUGUUUGGAUUUUCUAGAGGAUGUUUACCUAUGAGUAGAUGGGAUGAACUGAACCAAUUUUUCAGUAAGACAAGGCCCAUCAUCACAUUUAGCUUGAAUGCACUGUCAGGGAGGCACCACAAAAGCGGGGGUGUUUGGGUUGGAGAUUGGGACUCUAGCAACGCUUAUGAUUUUAUUAAUUAUACCGUUUCGAAGGGAUACCAGAUAGAUUCAUGGGAAUUCGGUAAUGAGCUCAGUGGUCGUGGUGUUGGAGCUAGUGUCGGAGCUGAACAAUAUGGAAAAGACUUGAUCAAGCUUAAACAUAUUAUCACCCAGUUGUACAAUAAGUCCCGCACUAAACCUGCACUUGUGGCACCUGGAGGAUUCUAUGACCAAGCAUGGUUUGCCAAGCUUCUUCAGGUUUCUGGUUCAGGGAUAGUCAAUGUUAUCACUCAGCAUAUGUACAAUUUGGGUGCAGGUGUUGAUCCCAAGUUGAUGAGCAGAAUUUUGAAUCCCGGUUACUUGGACCGUGCAUCUGGAACAUUCCGUGAUCUUGAGCAAAUGGUGAAAAAGAACGGCCCUUGGGCUUCUAUAUGGGUCGGAGAGUCUGGAGGGGCUUAUAACAGUGGUGGUCGUAAUGUGUCUGACACAUUUGUGAACAGCUUUUGGUACUUGGAUCAGCUUGGAAUGUCAGCCAAGUACAAUACCAGAGUAUAUUGCAGGCAGUCUCUAGUUGGUGGAAACUAUGGUCUCCUCAACAGAACGUCAUUUGUUCCUAACCCUGAUUACUACAGUGCGCUUCUAUGGCAUCGACUUAUGGGACAAGGUGUUCUUGCUGUUAACAGCAAUGCUUCAGCAGAUUUACGCACUUACGCCCAUUGUGCAAGAGGAAGAGCAGGUAUAACUGUAGUCCUUAUCAAUUUAAGCAAUGACACCGAUUUCAUUGUCAAUGUUGAAAAUAUUUUGGACUUCAAUUUGGGUGCUCACGAGAGAAACAUUAGCAAAGAAAGUUAUUUCAAGCGCAGCCUUAAGAAAACGGUGUCAUGGGUAGGACGCAAAGCAUUAGACAAACCAGUUUACAGAGAAGAAUACCAUUUGACACCAAAAAAGGGGAACCUUAGAAGCAAAACCAUGGUUCUCAAUGGAGCUCCAUUGGAGAUUACUAAGGACGGAAACAUCCCAGAAUUGGAACCUGCCCAUGUCCUAGCAAAUUCUCCGCUAACGAUCAGCCCUUUUUCCAUCAAGUUUGUAGUGUUGCCUUACUUUGAUGCUCACUACGCUUGUGCAUGA